GAAAAUAAACAACUCAACACUCAAUGAAGAAGAAGAUGUGAAGCGGGGAAGAUCCAAAAAUAAAUACACACACGAGUUUAUUUUCGAUUUCUUUGGUCGUAUAGUAUUAGUUAGAAUUGAAUAUAGGAUUCGGUAACGAUCUUUUGUUUAAAAAAACUAAUAACACAUUAAAAAAAUCAGUUAUCCGCGUUGAAAUGAUUAAAAUCUGUUGUGAAUGUAGGUCUUUAUUUGUGCUUUGUGAUUUGAAUAUGCAACAAAUUUAUACAUCUAAUUCUAUUACUAAAAUGUCAGUUGGAAAGAAAUACUGUUGAAAAAAUGGAUGACAAACAAAGUUCUGCUGAUCAUUUCUCCAGUAAGUUGAAGCAAUAUGAAAAUUGGAAAUCGAAGGACAGAUGUAAGGUUGAUUGUGGAAAUUCAAAUGAAAAUAAAGACUUGGGGAAUUUUUCAUCCAUGCACCAUGAAGCUACCACUGGAUUUGAUGGAAGCGAUCUCUUGGUGGCAGAGGGAAUUGCUGCUCAGCAAAAACGAAGCGCCUUGCCAUCAAAAGCAAAACCUCCUAAACAUCAUGAAGAACCACCGGGAUCUUGUCUGAUACCAAGAGAACGUAUUAAAGCAUUAGAAGAUGAAUUGAAAGUGAGAGAUUCGAUAAUAAGUGUGAUUCUGAAGGAGAUUGGUGAAGGUGAAACGUCUGUUGAUGCGUCUGUUGGUCCAAUUAAUAGUUCACUUCAAAUGAUGGAUGAUCAACAGUUCCCUUCCGUUUACUCUCCCAAGUUACAAAAUGUUAUUCAAUUACUGAGGAGAAAUGGAUGGGAUUCAGUAAACUUCAACCAGUUCCAAGGUCAAUCAGACAUUCCUGAUCUCAACGAAUUAAAGUUUUCUGAAAUGGAAUCGCUGUUGAAAGAAAAGGAACACACCAUCAGAGAACUCAAUCUCGAACUGGCAAAAAGAGCAGAUACUAUUGCAAAACUCAAAGAAGACUAUAAAAAACAACACAGCAAAUCCUGCGUUGAGAUAAAAAAUCUCAAUUCAAAAAUUGAAAAGCUCAGCAAUGAGCUUCGUAAAAAAGACUUGGAGCUCCAUGAGACUCGAGAAGCACUCACUGCAACCAGGAGUAAGAUGGAAGAAAACUUUCGCAGACAAUUUACGGGCAUCAGUGACUUUCUCAAAGAUCAGCGUGGAAAUGGGGAAAGCUCUUUGAAAUUAUGGCUAGAUGACACAAUCAUGAAAUACGUCGAUUCACAUGAGAAUGAAGUUGCCUGUUACAAAAAACAAAUUGAAACUUUACAAAACUACAUGAAAGAAUAUGAGCUAAGUGAUCAUGAACAUGAAUUGGAGCUGAUGGCAUCCAGAAAAGCUCACGAAGCUCAUGCAAGUGGCUAUAAAGAGCAUGUUGAUUCUUUGCUCAACGAAAUUGAUUCCAUCAAGAAAGAUCAUCUUCAACAGAUUGAAAAGCUUCAGAACGAGAUUGAACGCCACGUUGAAGAAGAAGAAACUCUCAAGAAACAGCACAGUGAUGAUAAUAGGAAACAUCAUGAAAAUGUUUCAGAAUUUCUUAAAACCUACGAUGAUUUAGAGAAAACAUAUUUCAAGUGUAAGGCUGAACUCGAUAAGAGAAAUGAUGCUAUAAAAGUGAUUAAUGAAGAACUUGCAAAAAAGAAUGCCGAAGUUGAAUUACAUCUGAACGAGAUUCAUAAAUAUAAGUCUAUUGUUGAAUCAUUCAAGAGGGAAACUCAAAACAGCUCCCAACACUUUGAAAAUGAUCGUAAACAGCUAGAGACAAAGUAUAAGGCUGAAAUAGAUUCUCUACAUGAAAAAGCGGAUCUUCAUAAGAGAGAAGCGGAUCAUUUAAGGUCGGAUGUUAAUAAUUUAUUAGAAAUUGCAAAAUGUCCAAUGGAGGAGCUGAAAGAUAUAAUUCGUGACCACCAAUUUUGUGAACAUUACAUUCGUGAAAUAAAUGGCAAAUCAAAAUCGUCUGAAAUGGAGAUGGAAAAAAUCAAACAAGAAUUGAUACAAUCAAAAAAAUGUCACGAGGAUGAUGUUGCUACCUACAAAAAUCAGAUUUUAAAUCUGAAAGAAGAACUUGGGAGUAUGGCUUCUUUUGAAGAACGCCUCUUUAUGGAGUUAUCAAAUCAUAUUCGAUUGAGAGACGACUUCAGAUCACUAUUCAAACCAAUCGAAAUGGAAGCGAUUCGCCUUGAUAAUAAAAGUUGUGAUUUUUCAAAUUUCAAAUUCUCAUCGUCUGGAGACCAGAACUUCAAUGUAUUAUCCGAUCACUGGAGUGAAAGUGCAGAAAGUGAUGAUGCAAGCAGUGUGAGUAAACGCAAGUGCAACAUUGGUGUUCAACCUCAUUCAAGUAGCAAUGUUGAAAAAAAUCUUCUUAGACAAGCUUUAGUUUCUGAGUUACAUAAAGAAAUGGAAUGCAGAAAAUUGGAGCUUUAUGAAAAGAAUAAACAGAUAGAAUGCUUUACAAAAGCAAACAAUGACUUGAAUGAACACUGUAAAUCAUUAGAAGCCAAGUAUGAAGAGUUGAAAGAUUUCACAGAAGAGAAAAUCGAAGAAAUAGAAGGUUUAAAUAACUCAAAUAAAGAGCUGUCAUAUAGAUUAGAGCAGUUAGAAUCUGAAAAUGUACACCUAAAAUCGAAAAUGGAGGCUGUAAGCGAUGAGCUGUCUAAUAGGAAAGCCGAAUUAGACAAUAUUACGGACCUUUUCGAUUUCAACUCUGAUGAUUCAGGUAAGAGAACUCAUUCAUUCCAGAUGAAAAGGCUGUUCAGGAAUGUUCCAUCUUCCACUCCUAAUGUUGUGGCUGCAACUGCUCUAGCCAAAUUCGAUAAAUCCAAAUCAAACAGUCAUGUCAAGGUGAUUGAUAUGAUUGUCGAACAGAUCAGCCAUUUCCAUGAUUUGGAGGAGGAAAAUGAAAAAUUGAAGAGAAAUGUUGAAAAAAUGACUUGUGACAUGAAAGAGGACGAUUAUCUCACCCAAGUGCUUAAAAAUGAAUUGCUGUCAUUCCAAGAGAAAACGCAAAACUUGGAGAAGCGACUCAACCUCCUGGAAUGUGAAAAGAAGAAUCUAUUCAAGUUUGAAAAAAUGGUUGAACAUCUUUCAGCUAAAAAUAAACAGUUACAGGAAACCCAAGAUGCCUUACAGAAUAGGAUUGCUCAAUUGGAGGAAGAAAACAGUGUAUUGGAAAGAAAAUGUAAUGAAUUGAAGAUAAAAUUCACUCUGGACUCCGCCCAUGAUGAUGAUACAGGCUGUGAGAUUUUGGAAAAUUUAAUACUGGAUUUCAGUAAGAAGGCGGAAGAAGCUUUGAGCUUGAAGGAAGAGUUGUCUGUUAAACAGGAAAGUAUCAAUAAACUCGAGAACGAAUUGGAUGGGUUUAGAGAAUCCAAAAUCAACAUGCAGAUGAAUAUUGAUAUUUUAAUGAGUGAUUUAUUGGAAAGUGAAGAAAAACUGACCUUGCUUAAACAAAACAGGAUGGAUAUUGGUGUGGAGAAGAGAAUGCUCGAACAAAAACUAGUUUCUUUGCAAGUAAAGUACGAUCAGCUGGUGAAUGAGUCACAAAGACAGGCUGAGAUGAGUUUAGAGUACAAUAGUGUUUCGAACCAGUCGUCAACCGAGUUGUCCUGCAAAAAGCAACUUUUGCAAACGAGAUCGUUGUGCUCAGGGGAUUGGCAUGACAAUGGAAAUGUUGAGUUUGCUCUUUCAUCAUUGAUCAGCUUGGAGCAAGAAAAAGAAUUCCUGAAACAGAAAAUGAGAAUGUUCGAACAGUUCUUGCAUCAGUUCUUGGAUAGUGGCUGUGAUAGAAAUGAACUGGAAAAUUUGAAGAGUAAUUUGAGAGAUAUGUAUGAACAACUGGAGGUGAACUUUAGUAAUUUCAGCUUAAAAUCAAACAGCUUGAAAGAGUCCAAUUUCGAUCAAUUGAUAACAAAAUUUGAGAGUUUGGAAAAACAAUAUAAGGAUACUUGUACGGUUCUCAAUUCAGAGAAAGAAGAACUGCAAAAACAUGUCAAUGAUCUUCAAAAUGAACUUGAAAAAAUGCAGGAGGAAAUGAAAUUAUUCAAAAUGAACUCUGAGAAAGAGCUGUUUGAUAAAGAUCUUAAAAUUCGCCAAGCUCAGUUAGGUCUGAAAGCUCUACAGAUGGAUAAUUUUGCAGCAUCUUAUGGACUAGCUUGCAAAUCUGAUUCGAAAAUCGAUAUUAGUAAGCAGUACCAGAAGGAAAUGGAAAAAAUUCACGAACUGGCAUUAUCAAAGCUCAAAACCGUUUAUCUCAACCAAAUCGAAGAGAACAAUGAAAAGGCUGAACAAAGAGAAAAAGACAUCGCAGAAAAAUACCAAAAACAGAUAGAGGCCUUACAACAGGACCUUAAGGAGAAGACGUUGCACCAUCAUGAAAUGAAAACUAAAUAUUUAGAAAGUAUGUUGAAUUCACCUGCUAAUAAUGAUUUGAAGACCCUGGCUGAAAUGAAGACAGAACACAACUCACACAUAGAAGAAAUCAAAACACUUCUAAAGGAAGAAUGCGAGAGGGAGAAGGCAGUACUAAAAUGCAACAUAGAGGCGCAGCUAAAAGAAGAGUACAAAACCAAAGUGAAGAAUCUUGAAAAAGAGUAUAAGAAUAACUUGAAUACGUUGCAAUGGAUUAUUGGAUGUGAGGAAAGUGGACAUAACGUAGAGUCAAGGAGUGUAGUGCUUUUCAACAGGCUCUUGAGACUUGUCAACUGGGAGUACAAGAAACAAUUGGAGAACCUAUCAGAAGCAUGGAAUUCCAAGUAUAGUGAAUACAUAUCAAAUGUGAAUAAGAAACUUUCCGAAGUUGAUAUUGUAGCUCCAAAAUAUACUGCUGAUUCAGAUGAGAUUGAUUUGGAUGUUACUGGUAAAAAUGACCUUGAAAAGGCACUCUCCUUGAAAGAAAAGCUCAUCAAGAGUUGCGAAGAGUUCUAUACAUUCCUGCUGGAAUUCCACAAGUCAUCGUUAGAAAAUGUUAUGACAAAUUUAAAAGAUGCCCAUAAUGAAGUCACUUCAAGAGUAGAUGAAAUGAGAUUGGAGCUAGAGAAAGGCUGUCUCAUUGCUUCUCUGAACAAUAAAAUCGAUGAAUUGGAGAAAGAAAACGAAGAAUUGAAGUGUCAGUUGAAAUCAGCUAUUGGCUUGCUGUCCAACGAUCAUGGAACGGAGUCAGUCAAUGUUACCAAUCUAUUGAAGGAUUCCAGCAUUGUGGGCGAUUACAUGGAUCAUACGUCUCUCAUUGAUGUGGAAGCAAAAGUUGAAGAAAGGUUAAAGAAACAGUAUGAAGAGCAAUUUGUAAAGCAACGAAAGUAUUUCGAGAACCUGGUUGCUGAGCUCGGCAAAAACUAUUCUGAUGGCAUUAUGAUCCAACAUAGUUGUAGGUUAUCUGGCUGUAGCACGAAUUCAGGAAGUGACUCAAAUUAUGACUUGAAUAAUGUCGGAACUAAUAGUUUAACAUCUGAAGACAAAGGGUUCAAAACAGAUGCCAAUAAUUCGUUGAAGAUAAUGAAACAGGACGAAAAAAAUCAACUCAAGAGACAUCGAGAUGAUACACUAGCAAGUAAUCAAACAGACUUCCCCUCCAGUCAUAAAGAUAAUACGAGGAACAAUAAUAACUAUGAGGACCAGAUUGCUACGAAAAAGCAAUGCUCCGAGUCUAUUCAAUUCAGUAAUAGUUCUAGUAAACUCUUACAAUCUGGGGACGAAUAUCUAGAACUGGCUCCAGAGGAAACCGUGCAAGACGUCAUUGAAGAGUUUGGUUCGACUUGGAAGGAGCCAGACUGUAAUUUGAUUGAACCGGGAACUGAUAAAAACGACUCUACUCAGUUUGGCUUUGAAUCCAAACUAUUCCAUUUACAAAAUGAGAAAAGAGAGUUGGAGAGGGUUAUUGAAACUCUAUCCAAGCAGAACAACGUUAAUGAAGAUCGGAUAUCAGCUCUGGAAGGAGAAAUUAAUGAGUAUCGAUUAGUGACAAGCAAUAGUUUUUGCAGAAAUUGUAGAGAAGGAAUCAGUACUGAGAACAAACCUUCAAGAGUGAAUAAUUAUUCCUCUAGUAGUUCACAGUAUAUCGAACACACUGAGCCAAAAAUACUUGAAAAGUAUGAAUAUUUGCUCAAAAGUUUACAACAGCGAGUAGAUUUGUUAGCUGAAAAUCUUAGUUUGGAAGCCGUUGUAAAAAAUAUAGUGGACAACGUGAAAACGUCUUAUGAAUCGGAUAUUGAAGUGAUGCAGUUCGAGUAUGAUCGUAGAGCAGCGAUGGAAAAUUCAAAGAGUGGAGAAUUGAUCAGAAAGUUUGAUCAGUGUUUGGCAAAAAUUAAUUGUCAACAUUUUUUCGAGAAAGAGGAAUUGGUAAAAAAGAUGAAUUCAAUCGUGCAAGAUUAUGAAGAUAAAUUACGUGAGAACAAUGAACAUCUUGUCAGACUUAUUGAUUCGCAGAAAAAUCUGGAAGCAAAACAUGAUGAAGAAAUGAAAUUUACAAAACUUGAGUUUGAAAAUUACUUGGUGGAAAUUUUAUCGGACUGUAUCUCCAAAUUCGCUCUACAGAGUUCAGUUAUGGAUAUAGAGGGUUCCAGAGAAGAAUAUGAAUCUGAAUUGAAACAAAGAACAGAUGAUAUCGCUAAGGUGAUCCAAACUGAAUAUGAAAAUAGACUGGAGGAAGAGAGGAGAAUAAUGCUGAAGGAAUUCUGCGAACUUCAAAGAAAUCCACAGGUAUAUUUCAUCAUUCGUAGUGAAGUAUAG